AGAGACUGUAUCCUCACAGUGUUGGUGACAGUCAAUGGAAGAGCCAAUUUAGCCCUUGGACUUCUUUUGCAUGGCAAGGUGCAAAUGACAGACCAAAUCGGAGAGUGAUCGGGACCGGACACUGUACCUAGUACCUACUAGCCAAUAAGCUGCAGAAAGUAGGGUUUAAUUUGUCAGAGCAUUUUGCCAUGUCUCCUACAAUCUUCGGGGCAUCAGCGCGCUUCAACGCACCGUGGAAGGUGACGAAUGGAUCCUGGGCUUUGUCAUUGCGCGCAGAGCGGGAGAAGGAGCCUAACUUGGAUCCGGCAGCUUCUCGAGAGGCAAAGCUGCCAAGCCCCAACACGUCACCGCGCAUCAUUUUUGUGAAGGCUAAGCCUUCUCGAAGGCGUUGCCGAGCUCAUCACUUUGCAAAGGCAAAGGAGCUUUUUAAGGGCACCCCUGAGCAGCCGCCGAAGGCGGAGGAGCCAAAUGGUGACAGUCCAGCGCCAGAUAAUGAGCCAGAAGACUUGAAGCAUACACUCCUUUUCUGGAAGGAGUACAACUCCAUGGCAAAACGAGAGAAAGGGCAACCGGCCUGGCACGAGGAGCCCACUUCCUUUGUUCUGCCGCACUUUCCAGUCUCCAAUGUAACCUGGGACACAGAGGCUGCGCGGCGGAGGAAAGCUUUGCAGCAACGUGCAAACGCCAGCGAGGCGGCUGCAGCAUUGCAUUUGGAGGUGCAGUUGCAGUGCAAGGAACGGCUACGGCUCAUGAUUCGAACUGGGCAAGUGGAGAAGGUCAAGAAGGAGAUGAAAGCCUCGCUGCGUCUUACCGCUGAGAGCAGGCAGUCAGGUGAGGCUGAGGCCUUGAGCUUGAAGCAGCAAGGUGACACUCAAGAUGCCCUGAAGAUGAUGAGCCGCCAUCGUAAUGAGCUUCUGAAGGCUAGGCGAACUUUGGAGCAAGCCCUCGACAGGCUGAAGCUUUUCAUUGUUUUGCAUAUUUUACAUGGGCCACGACAAUACAAUGCUGGAAGUUUUUGUCAUUCGUGGACUUGGAGCUCUGAGGAUGUUUGCAUGAUACUGUAAUUGCUUUGAAUAUAUAAACCUUCGUUUUAAGGAGCUUUUCGGCCCGAGUUUAAGGCGCCGGGAUUCCCAAACGCGCUUAGAGCGACUUCAACAAGUCAAGGAAUUGCUGGGAACAGAUGGAGGCUUGCUCAAGUCCAGUUCUGGUGAGAUCCCUGCGAUUAGUUGAAAAGUGCCACGUUGCUCGACUGGACAAAUAGAGUGAGUCUUGUUGACUCGUUUGCUGUAAGAGGAAUAUACAGCUUUCCAAGAGUUGAAUAGAUGUGAUGCUUUAUGGUCUGCUUAGCUGGCUCAAUCAUUGCAUCCAUGUCG